AGUGAAAUUAUAAAAAUAUUAAUGCAAAUUAUGUUGUCCUCACAGUCAGAUAUAAUUACUUGUGCUCAAGAAGUGGAAGUGAUGAUAAAGCAGUUAGGAGCCCACCUGGAACAACUAAAAAUGACUGUAAAAUCAAAGACAGCUGUCCCAACGUCACAAGUCUUUCCUAUAUUCAUUGCGCUUUCCAGUCUGUGGACUAGCUUUCAGGAUGAAACCGUUUUGGUCAGUGUCCUGAGUAAUUUAACCACUCAUCUUGAGCCAUUCUUGGGUAUUCAUGAACUACUCUUUCCUGAGAAAGUAAUGCAAAGUCUUCUUGAAGGAGUGACUGUGAAAACUGAUGUGUGUAGAAUGAAAGAACACAUGGAAGAUAGAGUACAUUUGGCGGAUUGCAGAAAACUAGAGUGGCUUUUCCCAGAAACAACAGCGAAUUUUGAUAAAUUGUUAAUUCAGUAUCGGGGAUUUUGUGCUUAUACAUUUGCUACAACAGAUGGACUUCUCCUUCCAGGAAAUCCAGCAAUUGGAAUUUUGAAAUAUAAAGAAAAGUAUUAUACUUUCAAUACCAGAGAUGCUGCAUAUUUAUUUGAAGAAAAUCCUGAAAAUUAUAUUGAUUUAAUUAGAGAAAAGGCCAAAAAAAAUGCAGAAUUAAUUCAGCUGCUUGAACUUCAUCAACAGUUUGAAACACUCAUUCCACAUUCUCAGAUGAGAGACAUUGACAAACAUUAUAUAAAACCAAUUACAAAGUGUGAAAGUAGCACUCAGACGGAUACCCACAUAUUGCCACCAACAGUUGUGAGAUCAUAUGAGUGGAAUGAAUGGGAAUUAAGAAGAAAAGCUAUCAAAUUG